AUCCUGCUACAGCAACACAUUUCAUCGCGAGAGUGACGUAUGAACGGCCGAAAACGAAAAGCCUCUGUGUGCCGUUGUUAUCUUCUAACAUUUCUGAAGAAUGGAGACAAACGGCCAGGCAAAUGGGCCUAAAUCUAAAAAGGAAAAAAAUGGUGAUACGAAGGACAACUUAUGGUCUGCGAUUUUAGAAGAAGUCCAGAAUCAGGGCAAUACGAAACUACCUUCAAACAAAAAUGUGUUAGUUUUGGGUAAUAAUGAGACUGGCAAAACCACACUAAUCGCGAAAUUACAAGGGGUAGAGGACCCUAAGAAAGGGUCGGCACUCGAAUAUGCAUAUAUAGACGUUAGAGAUGAAUAUCGCGAUGAUCAAACACGCCUCAGUGUAUGGGUACUGGACGGUGAUCCAGGGCACACUAACCUGCUCAAGUUCGCCCUCAACGAGGAGACGUUUCCCCACUCGCUGGUCAUCUUCACGGUGGCUAUGACCACGCCAUGGGGAAUCCUGGAGCAGCUACAAACCUGGGCCACGGUGCUCGGGGACCAUAUAGACAAAUUGGAUCUCACACCUGAACAAAGGUUACAGAGUAAAAAACAGCAGCAGCAGAAAUGGCAGCGGUACACGGAGCCGGGCGAUGAGAUGGAGCAAGCGGCCUCGUCACCCAUGAAAAGGUCCUCCAGGAACCUGUCGGACGACCUGGACAGCGAGGAUGAUGAGAACCCGCUGCCCGAAGCUGUGUUGACCACUAAUCUGGGGUUGGAUAUAGUGGUUGUUGUCACUAAGACUGACUACAUGAGCACCUUAGAAAAAGAGCACGACUAUCGCGACGAGCACUUCGAUUUCAUGCAACAAUGGAUCCGGCGGUUCUGCCUCCAGUACGGCGCGGCGCUGUUCUACACGUCCGCCAAAGAGGACAAGAACUGCGACCUGCUGUACAAGUACCUCACGCACAGGAUAUACGGCCUGCCGUUUAGAACUCCGGCCCUCAUUGUUGAGAAGGACGCCGUGCUGAUACCCGCCGGUUGGGAUAGCAUGAAGAAAAUUAGCAUAUUAUAUGAAAACAUGCAGAGUUGUAAACCAGACGAUUACUACAGAGACAUCAUAGUGCAGCCAGCGACGCGGAAGAGCGGAGCGAACCGGGAAGCGGAGGUAGCGGCAGAGGACGAGCAGGCGUUCCUGCAGCGGCAGCUCGCCGCGCUGCAGGCCGGCACGCCCGCGCCGCGCGCCGACUCGCCGCUAAGGGCCGCGCAGCGCGCCACGCAGUUGGACGGCGCCAAGAUCGGCAUGGGUCCCGGCACGCCGGGCAACGAGGGCGUGCUGGCCAACUUCUUCAACUCGCUGCUGUACAAGAAGACCGGCAGCCCCGCCGGCCGCACGCCCGACCCGGCACCCGGUGCUGCUGCGGCGGCGGCACGCUCCGACGCGGCCGCCGAACUAGACCGCCUGACGCGCGCGAAGCCACGCCCGCCACCUCCGAUCGACUUGAACUCAUCCUCCGAGUGCUAGCGAUAAGGGUACAAUGUCGUACACCGGGCGUACAAAGCACUCGCCUACACCGCGCUCGUUAAACACAUUGCUGGCUUGUACUUGUCGACGCGACAUUACUCGCGGCCGGGUAAGCAUCCAUCCCGUAGGGCGUUCCCGGAUCCCGGGAACACAGUCCCGGAUUCCGGGAAACAGUCCCGGACUGCAAGCAUCCGUAGCUCCCUGCUUCAUCUAAACGCAUAACGCCAUGAGAUUCUUCCAGUCGCGGUGUAUAGGAUUCGGCGGAUCGCGAACAUAGUUUUGUACUCAUUUUAUAAAGAGUUGGGCGCCAUUGUAAAACCUGUUUUAAAUUAAAAUAUUAGCUAAUACUAUUAGGAUUUUAUAGAAACUUCUAAUAUUAUAAGACUAAUAUUUAAUAUGAAAUAGGCCGACAUGGCAUUGUGAGCGUCCGCGACUACACUGUAUUGUUUAUAUAAAUUAGAUAUUUAUGCAAUGAACUUUGAAAUUUGAAUAGCUCUUCAAUGUUGCUCUACGAGGAUAAUUUUCUAUUCUGUAACAAUUUUUGUUUGUAAUUGUUCAUGAUAUUAAAUAAGUAUUUAUUUAGAUAGCAUCGUGAAACUGAUUGUAGUUAAAGGUUAAGCCCAGCAUUCACUACACGACACGUAUGAAUCCGCUGACAAAUCCAUCCUCGAAACGCCAAACGCCCGUACGCUGCGAUACACGAGUGGAUUUGUUUGCCAACUAAUCCAGCGUACGUAAUGGAAACGAACACUCAAAAAUGCUCAUUACAAGACCUUAUUACGUUGUAAUAAGAGUGACGUAUGGUCAAACUAUGUUGUCGAUGGUGAAUGCUGGGCUUCAUAAGCAUCAUCUGAGAUUAGGAGGUUCCAUAACAUGUGAUCUUCUGUGAAGACUGGCCGUGUAAGAUCAGGACACGUUUAUGCACAAUGAAGUCACUAUUUGUACAAACCGUGUUUAUGUACAAUGAGAAUAUUUGUAUGUAACGAUCAUUUCAUACGCUCAUAUGUAAAUUAUUGUUUUCGACGGUCCGAGAUGUAAUGGUGACCUUUAUUGUGUGUUUUAAACGAAUUUAUUUAUUACUUAAAGCAUAAUUCUCAUUUUGAUUUGUUUACCCCCCACAGACAGUUGAAAAUGUUUAUAGAACUUUUUUAUGUUUAUGUGAAUGUAACUUAUUUUUUAUUGAAAUUGGAUUUUGUUCUUAACAUGGUGCAAUACUGAACAUUCCAAACGUGGUUUGGUGCUUAUUAUUAUAGUAAAAAUAUUGAAUAAUA